CUCAACAACUGAGUACACUACUUUGAAAGCAGCAUCAUGUUACUAUCCAACACAUUAAAAUCCACCCUCGAGCCAGGUUCUGGGUCUGGAUCUUUGUCUGAGUCUGAGUCCGAGUCUGAGUUUGAACCCUUCAACAAGUUUUUCUUAGACUGGCUACUGGUCCAAGAGCGGGAUCUCCAGGAGCUCAAGACCAUGGUUGACACUCACUCUAUAGCAACCACCACUCAAUGUAUACAAGAGCUAGUGGGCCGGGUCAUGACCCACCACGAGGAAUUCUACCGGGCUAGGUCCAAGUCAAUCAAGAAGAAUGUCCUCCUCAUGCUAACCCCGGGCUGGCUGUCCAAACUGGAGGACGCUUGUCUUUGGAUCGGAGGGUGGAGACCCACAACAACAGUGAACUUGCUGUACUCCAAGGCCCGACCCGGUCACGGUCAUGAUCACGAUCACGAUCUAAGGAGCCUCUCUAAUUGUCAACUCGUCCAACUCAACCAGUUACAUCGGGAAACGGUUACCGAGCAGUUGAAGUUAACCGAGGACCUGGCUUCCCACCAACAGACUAUGGUUGACUACUACAUGGUUGAGCUCUCUGAGGACUACACCGAGUCAGACUCGGUGAAAGGACAACUCACCGCAGCUCUAGCGCAUAAGGAAUACGGGCUAGAGGUCAUUUUGGGACAAUCGGAUGAUCUACGGCUUAUGACGCUCAAAAAUGUAGUUGACAUCUUAAAUCCAAUCCAGGCCGUCCAUUUCUUGAUUGCUGAUACCCAACUUCAUCUCAAUGUUCAUGAGUGGGGUAGGCUCAAAGAUGAACACACAAAAAGUUUACGAGAAGCCCGGGGUUCUUGUGGGCAUUAGAUCAUCUUAAAGCCCGAGACCAAGCCCACCCGCAAACCCUUAAACUACUGUUUUUUUUUGGAGGAAAAAUCUAUUUUAGUAUUUUGCUAUAUUUUGCAUUCAUAGUUAGUUACUCCGUAUGAG